UCCAUCGAUGUUCCUAUCGCUAGUGUCACAGACCAGGCACGAAGCUCGCAGCCCGUGACACUAGUAACCCUCUGUUUGAUACCCAAAAGGCCGCCAAUGUUCAUAUUCUUUUUUCGGACGACUCAUCUAUUUUGACUGUAGAAACUACACAAAAAUCCCUCUAUGCUUCUCCUGGGUCCAAAAUGUAGAUUGCCUCUAGCCGCAGCCGCGACCAUAUUCAGAAUUACUUGCAUAGCAGCUCGUAACCCUCUCUUUGACACCCAAAAGGCUGCCAAUGUUCACAUUCUCAUUUCCGACGAUUCAUCAAACGCGUUUCUUAAUGCUUGUAAAUUGUUCGACGAAGUGUCUGACUUAGAUGUAGUCUCAGCUACUUCCAUAAUUGGAAGCUUCUCUAAGCAACAUCAUCAUAUCGAAGCCAUAUAUUUGUUCUCCAGGAUGCUUUUUAACAAUAUUAGACCCACUGAGUUCACAUUUGGGACUGUGAUUCACUCUUCCACUUUGUCAAAAGACCUUAACAUUGGCAAGCAACUUCAUGCCUGUUCAAUCAAAAUGGGCCUCAAUUACAAUGUUUUUGUGGGUAGUGCAAGUUUAGAUCUUUAUUCAAAGUUGAGUACAAUAGAGGAAGCAAGAAGGGUGUUUGAAGAUACCCAUCAACCAAAUGUUGUAUCUUACACAACUUUGAUAUCUGGGUACUUGAAAAAUGAGAGGUUUGAUGAUGCUUUACGGUUAUUUAUGAUGCCUGAGAGAAAUGUUGUUUCUUGGAAUGCAAUGAUUGGUGGGUUUAGCCAAACUGGUUGUAAUGAAGAGGCCGUGAAUCUUUUCAUUCAUAUGUUGAGAGAAGGGGUGAUGCCUAGUGAGUUCACUUUCCCUUGUGCUAUUAUUGCAGCUGCUAAUAUAGCUGCACUUGGAAUGGGAAAAAGUUUUCAUGCAUGUGCUUUUAAGCAUCUGGGAAAUCAGCUUAGUGUGUUUAUUGGCAAUGCUCUUAUUAGUUUUUAUGCCAAAUGUGGAAGUAUGGAAGAUAGUCUCUUGGUUUUUAAUAAACUUAAUCAAAGGAAUAUUGUUUCUUGGAAUGCUUUGAUAUGUGGUUAUGCGCAGAAUGGAAGAGGAAAGGAAGCCAUUGAGUUAUUUGAAAGGAUGCUUGUAAGUUGUUUUAGACCUAAUCAUGUUACACUUCUUGGUUUAUUAUGGGCUUGCAAUCAUGCUGGUCUUGUUGCUGAGGGUUAUUCAUAUUUCAAUGAGGCAAGACUUAAAGAACCCAACUUGCUUAAACCAAAGCAUUAUGCUUGUAUGGUGGAUUUGCUCUCUCGGUCUGGGCGUUUCAAGGAAGCUGAGGAGUUUAUUCACCAUUUGCCUUUUGAACCAGGUAUUGGUUUUUGGAAGGCAUUGCUUGGAGGCUGCCAGAUUCACUCAAAUAUGGAAUUGGGGGAAUUUGCAGCAAGAAAAAUCAUGGCAUUGGAUCCUGAGGAUGUUUCAUCAUAUAUAAUGCUGUCCAACGCACAUUCUGCCGCUCGCAGAUGGGAAAUUGUGUCAACAGUGAGGAGAGAGAUAAAAGAGAAACAGAUGAGGAGAAUUCCGGGCUGCAGUUGGAUUGAAAUAAGAAACAAAGUUCAUGUUUUCCUGAAUAAAGAUUGCAAACACAGCCAGAUGGAUGAGAUCUACACAGUCUUCAGGUUUUGUAUCCAGCAUUCACAGGAGAGUGAAGCUUCCAGCUUUCUAAUGGAGUUUUAUGUCUAGUUGGUAGAAAAAGAAGAACGGCGUUGGACUUCUAUUAUGCUACACUGCCUUUAUUGCUAAAGGUCACACUUUUUUUCCUGUGAAUCUUCAUUCGAGGACGAACUUAUAUCAAGAAAGACCGAUGGGAUAAAUUAGACUUGGGAGAUUCAGCAGAAUAUGAGACUAAGUACUGGUUCGAACCUUUGGUAAUUCUAUUUCAAAUUCAGUGCUCUUGUUAAAGAAGCUCUUCUCCAUUUGUAUUACCAAGCAAUGAAAAAAUAUUGCUGUGAAAGGAAAGGAAUCAAAUAAAUAUACAUCUUCUCCAGCCAUUUUUAAUUUCAUGAUAUAUAGUCUUUUGGUUUUACCAGAUUUAACUAUAUUUUUAACACCAAGUAAAAAUUUUAAAUACAUUUACAUGUUCAAGAAAAUUUAGAUGUGCUACGCGGGCAGGACAGGGAGAGUAGGGAACACAUAUUCUUUGGCUGCAGGUACUCAAAAAAUAUGUGGAAGCAGGUGCUGUUAUUGUGCAACCUAAGGAGGGAAGUUGUAGGUUGGGAAGAUGAGUUCCAAUGGGCCAUAAACAAGCUGCGAGAGAAGGCUCUGUUAUCUAUCAUAAUUAGACUUGCCUGGAGUGCAUACAUAUAGUGGACAUGGGCAGAAAGAAACAAACGAGUUUAUAGGGCAGAGGAGCUUGAAAAGAAUCAAAUAGCAAAGCAGAUAGAAGGAAGCAGCAGUUCGACUAAGGUUAAUUGGUUCAAAGGGGCUUGUUCAUGAUCAUGUAAAUAUAGAAUCCUGUGAACGUUGGGGGCUAAGUAAAGAGAACUUAGAAUAAUGAACUGAAAUAAGCUAUACUUUUAUCUUUGUAG